AUGUCGACCCUGAUCAUGAACCCGCCUCCGCACAGGAAACCCGUCCCUGGCGGACAGCCGUCAUUCACGAUGCAAACGCCGAAACCCCCGCCAGCCCAGAAUUACCCAGGAUCACAAUUGAGUCAGCAGGAGCGAACACACAGCAGGACCCGCACCAGUUCGAGUAGCGUGAUGCCCUUUUCUGUGAACAACUACUCCCCACCACGCCAACCAAGCGUCUCGCCUGCAUACAGCAUGACACAACAGUCGCAACAUCAGCAACAGCAGCCGCCAUAUCCCGGCCAGAACCGCCGAACGCUCUCCAAUGCCACAUCAUCAACAUCGUCGACCAACACCUCCGCAAACCUUCAACGAGUACCCACCAACUCGGCCCACAGCACGACGAGUGGUGUCAGAAGAUCAACUUCUUCGCGCAGCAAUUCCUCCAUAUCACCCACCUCAUAUGUCGCCCUCAUGCGGAAACAGAAGGGCACUGUCUGGUGCGAUAGAGCCCAACAUGAAGACCCUCGCAUUCUCGCCGCUCAACGGCAAGCGAAGAUGCGGGCAGCCGCAGAGGUAGCAGGUGGUCACAACUAUGCGACACAAGUGCGAACAAGUACGAGCAGCUCGGGCAUGGUGGGCGGCGUGCGAAGCAAGAUACGACACCACGGCGCCGCGAAGGCGAGCGCAUACAAGGCAACGCUACACCCUGGCGGCGCAGGUGUGCCAAUGAGGCUCUCGGCAUCUGAGGUGGACGACGGCAACGAUAGCGAUGAAGAGAGCAGCGGCAAAUACCAUCAGAGAUCUGGCAGUGGGAGGAGCAGUGUGCACAGUGGACGGCGAGGCCAAAGCCAUAACACCUCAGGCCUCAGCCAUUCACGCAGCAAUGGCUCGACGCCGCCACAGGCAAGCCCAGUCGACAGCAUGGGUGAGCUCAGGGAAGAGGAAACGCCAACGGCCAAUGGCGGGAACGACGAAUACUUCGCGCACGACGAGGAUAGCUUCGGUACUGUCGCUGGUCUGCCAAAGACGAACGGACCGACAGCUGAGGAGCGGGCACACAGAAACACAGCUGACGAUCUGCGACGGAGGGGCAGUGUCGAUGACAGGACCAUGACGAUGAGCAAUACACGCCUUUUCAUUGCCAACCCGGAUGCCGACUUGAGCGAUUGA